GUUCGUAGUAGUGCAUUGCCCUCUUUGCAGUCAUCGAGCUCUGUUGUUGUUUUUUUGCUCCGACAUCUUCGCGGUGACCUGCCCGCGAUGAGUGUCUCACCAGCUCGCGCUCUGCUCUCUGGGCGGGUGUGCCGCUGCACAUCCUCGAAGCUACCAUCAGCGUCCCCUCCCAAGUCGAGCCCCCAUCUCACUCGCCUCCUCUCGAGCAGCACCCAGCACAAUGAGCCUACGAGCCCACAGCCCUCUUUCUCCUCCCCGAUCCCGACUUACGGCUCCUCAGAGCUGCUCCGUCGAAAAUACCAGAAGACAGUGGACCGGGAGACGGAUGUCAGGAAGGACAAAGCCGAGCGAGCCAGGACGGUGAAACGCAUGCGCUGGGCCGGGUAUGGGAUUGCAGCGUGCACUUUGGCCAUCUUUGGCACGAUAUCACUCUAUCCGGAUCCACGAAAAGAAACACAGGCGGCAUUGUCGUCGACCGCGGAGGAGAAACCCCCCUCAAGCGUGGUCCGGCUGGACGCGCCGCCUUCCAUAACCAGCUCCAUCGUCGACCCCUCGUCCAAGCCUCAGGACGCCGAACAGAUACCCACCGGCACAAGUUCCAUCCCCUUCUUCCCUCGAAUCAUCCAUAUUGCAUCCGAUGCGCCCCCAUCUACACCGGCAUCAGCCAAUGAAGGCAGCCAAUCCGACGUGGAAUACCAGCUCGUCGGAUUGGGCAUCCGCACCGUGUCCAUCCUCAGCAUCCAGGUCUACGUUGUCGGCCUCUACGUCGCUGUCCCGGACAUCGCCGCUUUGCAGCAGCGGCUCGUCCAAGCGGCCGUCCCGCCGAGCGAGAGCGUCGCGACGACCCUCGUGCCCAGCGAGAAGUCGCACCUGAAGGAGCUCCUGCUCGACCCGGACCGCGGGGAAGAGAUCUGGAACGACAUCGUCAAGGACGGCGGGCUCCGCACCGCCUUCCGGAUCGUGCCCACGCGCAACACCGACUUCAUGCACCUGCGCGACGGCUUUGUGCGGGGGGUCACGGCGCGCUCGGCGCAUUUCGCGUCGGACCGCCACGACGCCUCGUUCCAGGACGAGUCGUUCGGCGCCGCGCUCAACGAGUUCAAGUCCGCGUUCGGGGGCAGCGCGCGCAGGAAGCUGCCCAAGGGCGACAUCCUGCUCCUGGCCCGGGACGCGCAGGGCAAGAUGACCGUGUGGAACGAGGACAGCAAAAAGGGCGAUCGCAUCCAGAUGGGGACCGUGGCCGACGAGAGGGUCGGCAGGCUGCUCUGGCUGGGCUACCUGGCCGGGAAGAACGUCAGCAGCGAGGACGCGCGGCGGAACGUCGUCGAAGGCUGUAUGGAGUUUGUGGAGCGGCCGGUCGGGACUGUGGCGACGCAGGUUGUAUGAGCGAGGUCAAGCCCGGUGCGGAGAUAUAGGGGAGGGAGGCCUUUGCAUGGGCUUCAAUCUGCCCGAGGCUCUCCUGGGGCCUUCAGAUGGUGGGCUAAUGCGCCCCUUUUUUCCGGCCGAGAUCGCAUUGAGCUCAAAAUGCGAGGGACCCAAUAUCCUCGAACGGCGUGGAGGGUGAAGAUUUUGAGGAAACACUCGACUCUCAACACAAAAAGCCUGAUUAGUGUACACAAGUUCGAGAAUCAAAAAGGGACGAGAUAGGUUCGUGUACAAUUACAUACAUACCAUACAUGUAUACAUGCAUGUUCAUGGGAAACCAUGACCACACAACCAGACAUAUUCGAAC